GCUUUUGUGCGGGCCAUUCAGGAGGAAGCGGAAGCAGGAUUGUAGGACGUGAGCAAGUGUUGACGACGACGGAGGAGGAGGAGGAGGAGGAGGAGGACAAGUCGUCUCUUGCCAAAUCUUCGACACUUGCGGCCGACGGACGCGACGGACUCAAGGCCAACAUGAAGGUAUGCUAGCAGCUGAAGAUGUUGCCCUAGCAACCAUGGAGAGUCCCGCCAUCCUCCUAGACCCAGUCCUGCCUCCAGAUGCCAGCAGCGCCGGGCCCAAGUGCAGCAUGGCCUCCCUACGACGGCGGGCCUGGGCUAAGAGUCGGGACUCUACUUGGCAGGAAACGCAAAAGGCCCAGAACAACGGCGAACCCCUGCCAGACUGCACCGGCGAGUCCAACGGGAAUCCAAAGAAAACCUCUGAAGAACCAGCUUUGGAAGGACUCACUCCCAACAAGAUCACCUGUUGGCUCGACCAAUGCAGAACGCCGCUGGGAGCGUCGCUGGAGGAUCAGAGCGCACCUGCGGGCAAAGGGGCGGCGAGGAACGGCUGCAGCUUCGAAGAUGACCUUUUGCUGGGAGAUGACGCCGACCAACUUGAGUGCGUCAACAAGAAGACUGGAUCCUGUCUGGGCGCCGAUCGCAAGAGGAGUCAGUACAAAGAAAAAGCCCCAAGUAUGAACUCCACCGGCUCGGGAAAGAGCAGCACCGUGUCCAGCGUGUCGGAGCUGCUGGACCUGUACGAGGAGGACCCGGAGGAGAUCCUGCUCAAUUUGGGAUUCGGGAGGGACGAGCCCGACAUGUCCUCCAAGAUCCCCUCGCGCUUCUUCAACAACUCGUCGGCGGCGCGCGGCAUCGACAUCAAGGUCUACCUGGGAGCUCAGCUCCAGCGGAUGGAGGUGGAGAACCCCAACUACGCUCUGACAAGUCGCUUCCGUCAGAUUGAGGUGUUGACCACGGUGGCCAAUCAGUUCAUCCAGCUUUACGGUCACGUGUCCGGUCAGCCCGUCCAGAACGUCGGCGAUCAAGGAGGCGGAGGAGAGGCCGCCAAGGAGCGGUCGCCGCCGUCGCUUUUCCAGAGGAAGAAAUCUGCUCUGAACGCGGCCGACCGUCUGAAGAAGAGCCUGAGCAAGCACAACCUGGCGGCGGCGGUGCCGACCGCCGAGGCGGCGCCGCCAGCCGCCGCCGACGAGCACGUGUGCAAGAAGGACAGCCGCUCGCUGGCCACCGUCGCCGAAGCAGGCGACAAGGAGCAGCCCGCGAGGCGCCGCCGCCUAAACGGCGAGCCCGAGCGUGAUCCGGCGGCGGCGGAUGGGAGCGUGCUUGAGCCGCGGGCUCCCGAGAAGGCGGCGGCGCCCCAGCUCGCUCACUUGCGCACAGAGAACACCGGCGACUCCUUCGGCAUGGAGGAGAUUCAGAGCAACGAAGACGAAGCUCUUCUGGCCAGAUCGUCCCGAAACUCAGCAGACCUGCUGCGGACGGUGAGCCAGCAGUCGGACAGCAGCGGCUUCGCCGAGGAGACGUCGUCGCUGGACGCCGCCGCCAACCUCAAGGUUCAGGAGAGCAGUGACAGCUGCGACAGUGAAACCACGGUGACAUCGCACCCCUCGCUGGACGCGGCCACGCCCAUCUCUCUCAAACAAUUGGCGGUCGACUUGCCCGACGCGCGGGCCGAGGAGUCGGAACCCACUCGCGGCGCCGGCCAGGAAAACGGGAGUGUCCACCGGGAAGGGGAAGACCACCAGCCGCUGCUGCAGUACAAGGCCCACCAGCUCCCCAAGACCCUCGCGGCGGGAGGGGAAGCGCCAGAACCUUCUCAAGAAAAGGACCCGCCCCCAUUGGAUCUGCCGCACUCAGAUCCGCCCGUCUUGAAAUCGCCAUUCUCGGGACCGCCGACCUCGGAACCGCCGUCCUCUGAUCCAUUGACCUCGGAACCGCCGUCCUCUGAUCCAUUGACCUCGGAACCGCCGCCCUCUGAUCCAUUGACCUCGGAACCGCCGCCCUCUGAUCCAUUGACCUCGGAACCGCCGUCCUCUGAUCCAUUGACCUCGGAACCGCCGCCCUUUGAUCCAUUGACCUCGGAACUGCCGCCCUCUAACCCGCCGACUUCUAAUCCGCUGACCUCGGAACCGCCGUCUUCCGAUCCACCGCCCUCCGAACCGCCGCCCUCCGAACCGCCGCCCUCCGAACCGUCCUCAGAUCUGCCCACCCGGGAAGCAUCCUCUGAUCCGCCCACCUCGGACCCGCCGACUUUGGAAGCGCCGCCGACAAAUUCCCCCCGGCAUCGGCCAUCCCGGGCCGAUCCCUUCGGUCCUCAAGCUCCGCCUCCCUCAGGCCAGCCUUUCCAUCUCCCCGCCUCAGACUCCCCCGUCCUGCGCGCGCUGAUGCGCGUCAAGGAGCGUUUGGGCGACGCGGGUCCGCAUUUGAGCCGAAGCGGUCAUCGAGGCGGUCUUCCCUUGCAAAGGUCCUCCUCUCUCCCGUCCUCGCUGCUGUCCCCCACCAGGGUGGUGUCGUCGGUGGAGAUCCAGUUAGGGCAGCGGGGCCGCCGGGCCUUUUGUAGCCAGCCCCGCUACGCUUUCCGCUACAGCCAGGAGCCCUGCGCCGACUCGCCCACCUGCAUCUCCACCCUAGUUAUCCCCAAACUUCCCGAGUCUGGCGAGCCACGUGUUCCGGUGCGCUCGCCCCGCUCGCUGAGAAGUGCCAGCCCCCCCACCGAGUGGCCCUGGAUCACCCAGAGCGUCCCCGAUCUGUCCUCCGCUCAGGAGCUGUUUGGACACUACGGGCAGGGCAGGACCCCCGUCCUCUCCUCGAGCCCUAGCCCCAGAGCGGGGAGCCCGUUGUCCGCCCCCCCUGUGGACCAGUCCCUUCUGUACCCCUACGGCAGCCUCCCCAACCUCCUCCAGCAUUCGUUUCCUUUGGGUGGAGCGCCCCACUACGCCAGCCUGUGGAACGUCCCUCUGGGAAGUCCCCCCAUUGCGCAGCACCACUACCACACGGCGUACCAUUCGCUUCCCCACAGCCCGCCCUACCCGGGUUACCGGCAGGCUUACCAGCAGCUCAGCCCCUGGUCUCCCCCCGCGUGGCAUCACGGCCUCGGGAACGGCUUUCAUCCGGGUCAGAGUCCCCACCCGGCUAGCCCCUACUCGGGUCACGUCGGCCAGAACCGCAGUUCCCACCCCGGAGUUGGCGACAGCCCUCAUCUGGCUCAUAGUCACGCUCACAACCCCUACCCGGGUGUCGGCCCGGGCCCCUAUCCGGGUCAUACCGUGGCUCACGGCCCCCACCCUGCUCUCGGUCCGGGUUACGGCUCGCACGCGGGUCAUAUUCUGGCUCACGACCUCCACCCGGGUCUCGGUGCCGGUUACGGCUUGCACCCGGGUCACAAUCUGGCUCACGACCCCCGUCUGGGUCCGGGGUACGGCUUGCGCUCGGGCUCGAGUCCGGCUUCCGGUCAGCUCUUGUCCGGCACGGAGAUGGAGCUGAGGAGGGUUCUUCAUGACAUAAGGGGGACCGUUCACACUCUCAACCAGCGCGCCGAUGCCUCGGACGCGGGUCCCCGAGCUUCCUGUCGACAGGCCCUGGACGAGCUCCGCCGGAAGCGGCGCAGCCUGGCCGCCUUCCGGGCACAGAUGGGCGAGCUGGAGCUGUCCGUGGUCCGCCAGCAGGCGCUGGUCUACAAACACCUGAGCCCCGCUGACAGGCUGGAGGCGGAGCAGCUGGAGUCGCUACGUUCGUCCGUCAGAGAGGAACUGCUGGAGUUGGAACAGCGGCUGGACGACAAAGUGAUGGAGCUGACGGAAGAGGCGGGGCCAUGCCAGGACGCGGACCGGGCGGCGGCCAGCUCGGCGCUCGGAGCCGUGGAGCCGGUGUCAGCACUCCUGAGGGAGCAGUUCAUCCUCCAAUCGGAGCUGAGCUACGACGAGCGCGCCUCCGUGGCCGGCGGGGCCGCCUCGCCCCGUCGGCCCUCGACGCCGGGUGCGGAUCCGGUUUGCGACCCGCACAAACCCGCCGUGUACCGGGCGUCCGUCAAUAUCACACCGGCGCCGCCCCCUCGUCCCGACAGGCAGCGGGACCGGCUCCAGGAGGAUGAGGGAGAGAGCAGCAAAGAGGAGAGAUCGCACGAGGCCCUGGGCGACGACAACGACUUGAACCGGCUCGUUAUGGAGAUCGGUGAGAGCGGGCUGCAGGAAGUGCGGCGGCCGCAGAUGUCGGAGGAGCCCUCGCCGCCCGGCCGGGCGCCCGGCCGGAGCCUCUAGCGGCUAGCCCGCCACGUCCGGACACUGCGGAAGAGCAACACUGAAUGUCGAGCACACUGCGCUUGGGCCAGAAACUACGCUGAUAGCAAAAGCAGCGGCCACAAGCGAGGGAAGCGCUUGCACCUUUCCUCUCUUCUCCUCUCCUCUCCGUGCCUUUCCUUUGCUUUGUUUGCUAGUCUAGCCGCUGCCGCCCCGGUCACUACCAAACCCCGCCAACACUAACCGAGAGCGGAAGGAUGAAACCUAAGAGCCAGGACUAGCAAAAAGGCAUGUCGGCCGCUACUGUCGGUAACCCUGGACGACUCGACGAGACUCGUAGCAGAAAAUUGGAUCUGUAAACAGAACCGGGCCCUGUAAAAAAACAGAGUAGGUAUUGUGGAAGCUAGGGCUACAAUCACUAGGGAUCAGCAAAGACAUGAUAAGAAAAUUAGACCGGGACCAGGAGGCCAGAAGCCAGGACCGGUCAGACCUACGUACAUCCAAGAGCAGCACUCCAACAGCACCUUUUUGUUUUUUGAUCAACUCCUCACCACGAUGUCACGCAACGACGCCAGCGACGAGUGUGGCAUUUGUGCCAAUGUAAGAUUGUGUGAGAGAGAGAAGCCACUGAGAUUUUGCUCAGCGUAUGACAUUAUGCGUGCGUGCGUGCGUGCGUGCGAGCGUGCGAGGCAGAGACAUUGCUUGAGAGAGAGUGAUUUUGUGAGCGCGUGUGUGAGUGAGCACAUGUCUGCGCAAAGUUGACGUUUCCACGACCACCGUCGUCAUGCUUGAGAAAGGAAUAAGCUCGUUAGCAUUAGCGGCAGUGAACCAAUUUAGUUCUGGACCGGUGACACGUUAGCGGCUAGGCAGCUAUGCGUCAACGCAAAUGUUGCUAAUCUUUUGUGCUAAAAUGCUACAUGUUAGCCACCCGAGUUGAGAAGACAUUGAGCAAAGCGUUUUAGCAGGUUAGCUCGCCUGCAUACAAAGUCAUUAACUAGUUGAGCAACUUAUCGACGCCGCUGGUUCCUUUACACACCAAGUCAGAAGAAGAGAGUUGGGAGAAAAGUUACGUGUUAGCCAACGUGCUAACCGAUUAGCAUCAUCCGGUUGGCCAUUUGUAAGCCAUUGGGUACACACUGUAAGCACAGACGCUGUUAGUGAUGGAAAUGUGGCAGGUUGUGCAAGUUGUCACGUUUGAUUGAGGCUGAGCAAGCGCUUCACAGGGGUCGGGCUAACACUGAACGCCACCAUCGCGUGGCCAUCUCCUCUAGGGAUUGAUAAUCAAUGAUUUUUAGAUCCGCUGUGGAGUCAUUGCAACGCGACAUACGACUUCACUGGUCCUUCACUUUGUGUGUUUCUUUUCCAUAUUUGUGAAUCACACUCGUGGAAGUUGCGCCUUAAUGCGGGGAGGGCUCACUCGCUAGAAAUACGAAGAAUAAAACAGAUGUAUUUAUUUUCAUUA